CCUGAAGCACCUCGUUGACAGCUGUCACGACUGCCUAGAACGCGGCACCUGCGGCCUGUCUUCAGAGUGGCACGUCACCUCCCCCCAGCGUGCGGGCGAGCGGGGCACCCAGGCUGGUCGCAGCCGAAGUCACUUGCGAUGAGCAAAGCGCUGUUGGGUGAGCCCACUUGCGCUUCAGUGACUCGCCAAAAGCAGGUGGCGCCAACCCCGUAAAGCAAUGGCUGGUCCCUUCUCCCAGGAAACACACUGAAGCCUGUGCGCACGAAGGGACUCUGCCUUUGUGACCCAGCUCCCAGCAGCCCGGGGCAGUCUACGUGUGCACAGGGAGGAGCAGGAGACGCAGAGCGGGUGGAAGCAAGGAGCUUAUUCAGACAGACCCCGGAGCCGGAGGGAGACGGCGGCAGCUCGUAAGUGGCACUAAAGAGCAAAGCGGGCGGACGACAUCACGCUGAGGCCUUCUCUCUGGGACUCCCAGCCUAGACCGGCCGCCGAGGAGCCACAAGGCAGGACCCCUCUACGGUGUGACCCUUGCCCGCAGCAGGCCCACCCGUCUCUGCAAGAGAACCUGGCGGGUGAGUGGAACCACGGGUCUCCUUGUGAUGUCAGCCGUGCCCGGAAUGCCCCCACCCAGCCGGCUGGGGCGCCUCGGGAGCCGGCGGGGGAGCUGGCGCCCGCGUCCGUCCGAGCAUGGAGAGCUUCUCACUCCUAAGCAUCUCGGGACCGCGGAUUUCCUCCUCGGCCCCGAGCGCCUUUCCCGACAUUAUGUCCUCACGCGCCACCAGCUUGCCAGACAUCGCGAAGAGCGCGCUCCCCAGCGCGGCGCCCAGCCCGGCGCAGGCGCGGCCCCCGGCGCUCGCGAGCAGCGUCCUCCGGCACAGGCUGCGGCACGCGCUGCUCUCUCCAGACUGCGUCUUAGGGGACGCCCAGAGCGGGGAGCAGCUGAGGCGGAACUGCACCGUCUACCGGCCGUGGUUCUCCCCUUACAGCUACUUCGUGUGUGCGGACGUGGAGAGCCGCCUGGAGGCCCGCAGCUUCUCAGAGGCGCUGUGGGACGAGGGCCGGGGGGACGGCGGCCUUCCCGAGGGUCUGGCUGAGAGCGUCUGCUCCUCCUCCUCCCCGGAGGACACGUGUCCGCGAGAGGCCACGCAGAAGCCCAGGCACGGCCCGGACGCCGUGGACUCCAUCACGUCCCAGGACAUCCUCAUGGCCUCCAGGUGGCACCCAGCCCAGCAGAGUGGCUACAAGUGUGCGGCCUGCUGCCGCAUGUACCCCAGCUUGCGGUCCCUCAAGAGCCACAUCCGCGGUGGCUUCAAGGAGGGCUUCAGCUGCAGGGUGUACUACCGCCGGCUCAAAGCCCUCUGGGGCAAGGAGCAGUGGGCCCGGCCUGGGGACAGGUUCUCCUCCUCGGCCAGCUGCCAGGCCUCCCAGUAGGCCAGGCCAGGCGAAUGACCACGCCCCCUCGUGCCACAGCGAUGCCAAUAAAGCGGCAAGUCACAGCCCGGCCGCGCCCAAGGGCCCUGCACGCCUGCCGUCCUUGCCGCCACCCCCGCCCCUGCAGCUAAGCUGCCGGGGACACCGGCCACCCCCACCCCUGGCAAUUCCUGAAGGCUGAGUCUCCUCUAAGACGGUGGCUCUCAAAGUGAGGUGCCCAGACUGCAGUGUCAGCACCCGUGAGAACCUGUUAGAAACAAAAUUCGCAGACCCCCCGAGGCCGGCCGCACCAGACACUCUGGGUGGCCUGGCAACUCGUUCUAAGCAGCUCAGCAGGUGACUCGGGCAUGGCCCUGGAGGGAGGGCCUGGCCCUCACGCUGCUCCCUCGGUGACCCGUCCCGGCCUCAGCUCGGGGAGCCCGCACUGAGGGACGGGGGCCAAGCGCUGUUCCGCGUUGGCGUGGGGAAGCCUCCGCUGGCAGGGACCCCGCAUGGUCUGGGAGCUGCUUGGGGGUGAGAGCUCCUGAGGGCUGGGACAGGGAGGACAUGUCUCUGUGCGGAAGGCAGAGGGGGCGCCCUGCCAUGCAUGCCACAGCCCCCCACGAGGAAAGCUGCUCUGGCGGAGGCGGAACAGACUGUGGCAUCUCUGCGGCGUGCGCCACCAUGACGGCAGGCCCGCAGGCGGCCCGGCCCUCCCCAUCUCUGAGCAAGCAUGCCGCCGACUGGGCCCAGCGGUGCGGGGCGCCGCCGUGUCCCCCACUGUGCGGCUCACAGCUCAGCGGCCUCUCCGGGCCCCCCAUCCCCACUCCCUGUGACUUGGGGCUGCGGUCCCUCUCAGGCCCCUGGCACCAACCUCCCUUUGCUCCUGCCGCCCACCAGGAGCCAACAGGUGGGGAGUAGGGUGGCCUCACCCUCCGGGCACCCACGCGUCUCCCGCAGGCAUGUCACGUGGCAGAGCCCGAGCCACGAGGCCCCUCCCGGUCCUGCGCCUGACCCCGCUCCUUGCCCACCGCCCACCGCCCUGAGCUCACCGCCUGGCCCUGGCUCCCUGAAGCGCAGGUGAGUGACUCUGGGCAGGUGCCCAAUGCUCACUCUGCUCUUGUUCGCCGAGAUGGGAAAGCCGCUUGGGCCCGUGCAGACUUCUCUGCGCGCACGUCACUGUCACGCGUGCCCCUCGGCUGGGCUCUGGAGGGGCUCCGGGGAGGGGUGGGGGCGAGAAGGCUGCUCGGAGUUCCGCAGUCUGCGGGAGCCAGGGAAGGACCGGCCCGUCUGCUCACGCUCCCUCCUCCAGGCCGUGUCACGGGCACGGAACACGCUCGACACAAGGGCAGCCACCACCGGGGCCACCCAGGGGUCACGGGACGUGGCAUGCGCUGCCGGCAGGCGCUUGAGCUGCACUUUUCCCGGGGACGAGGUGCGCCCUGCACACCAAGGUCGCGUGACUGGGACCCGGCGACUCUCCGGUCCGGUCCCGAGUGCCAUGUGGGCACAGCGGGAAGUGCGCCCCGCAGGGCACUGCUGACGGGCGCAGGCGCGGCUGCCCUGCAGGGCGCCUGGACGCGGUCUCGGCCACUCUCCAUGGCGUGUUUUAGCCGCAUCUUACACACGAGACAAUGCGGCUCGUCAGUCUGCCCGGCCAGACGAGGGCCGGCUCGGCCGAUGCUGCCGCCACACCGCAUGGAG